AUGAACAAUUUGAGUAAAGCCAUAUUAAAUGGAGAUUUUGAUGAAUCUUCAUCAUCUGAUAAUGAUGUCAUCAUGAUGCAACUAUUCACAGCGCAACAACAAAGAUUACAGAUGUUAAGCCUAAACCAACAAACCAGACGCGUUGGUUCCACAAGUGGUCGUCGAUACAUUAAUCGUGAGAGGGUCAAAGGCGAUGAACAGAUUUAUAGAGAUUAUUUUGCAGAUAAUCCUAUCUAUCCAGAAGAAUACUUCCGAAGACGUUUUCGAAUGAGGCGGUCAUUGUUUGUUAGUAUCUUACACGAUAUUCAACAAGUGAAUGAGUACUUUAUCCAAACCCGUGAUGCUAGUGGUGCUCCUGGAUUAUCCGGUGUACAGAAGAUGACUGCAGCACUUUGGAUCCUCCAAUACGGCGUGCCUGCUGAUGCUGUAGAUGAGUACAUUAGAAUCGGCGAAAGUACUGCAAUUGCCGCCUUAAAUUUUUUUACUAGAUCAAUUGUUGCUACCUAUGAAGCCGUUUACUUGAGAUCUCCAAAUGAAGCAGAUGUCGGCAAAUUAUUGCAAGAGGGAGAGCAACGCGGGUUUCCUGGAAUGUCACCUUUAUUUGCUGAAUUAACUAGAGGACGUGCCCCUGCUGCCAACUACACCAUCAAUAAUCACGCAUACACCAUGGGGUAUUAUCUUGCUGAUGGUAUCUAUCCUCGUUGGGCAACGAUUGUGAAAACAAUAUCUCAACCUCAAGGCGCAAAGAGACAGCUAUUUUCGAGGAUGCAUGAGGCAUGUCGGAAAGAUGUCGAAAGGGCAUUUGGAGUGCUCCAAGCACGAUUUAAUAUUGUCAACGUGCCAGCUAGAGGUUGGAGUGAUGAGGAUCUGUACUACAUCAUGAAGACGUGCAUUAUUUUGCACAACAUGAUCAUUGAAGACGAGCGUGAUAUUCCAGAAAAUGAACGCAGUGCAGCAUAA